AUGAUUGAGUGUGUGGAAGUUAAUAUUGGAUCGGGUGAUGGAAGGAGGAAAGAUCCCGCUCGUAUUGUUGCUAACCCUAGAAUGUCUGCCACACCAAUGUCGAGGAAGAUGAUGAUUCAAAGGAUCUCCUCUUCUUAUAAGCGACGAAAGGUCUCUUCGGUUAGAGAUUUUCCACAGUUUAUUGUUAAAAAUGAGAGAAUUGAGAUUGGUAGUGAUGUAGUUGCUCUUACAAGUGAGACAAAAGAGGAUUUAGAUGGUCAUGAAGAUAGCAAUCGUGUUGGUGUUAUUCAUCACAAUUACCAUAGCCCUAAGGAAGUCGAAUCUUUGGAUUCGAUUAUGAAGAAAGCUGGCUUCAAUGUAGCAGGCAAUGGUAAUGUUGGCAAUGGGAAAUUUCCUCCAGCUAAGAGGAAGGUUCCUUUACUUUCUGAAAGUAAAGUGAAACCUCUAAGCGAAGAGGAAGGUAUUAGGCUAAUGCUAAUGACUUCUCAAACAAGACUUCAUUUUGGUAACUUCCUCAAGGAUCCUUUGGUAGCUAGAAUUGUGCCAAAAUAUAAAUAUUCACCGGCGAAGAAGAAUUUGUGUAAUGCAACUACAUUAAGAGCAAGAGCUAAUGAUGCGCAGAAACAUGGAUACUCAUCGGUGAAGAAGAAGUUGAGUAAUGCAGUUGCGGUUAGACUAAGAGUCGAUGCUUAUAAACCAACUCAACACAAAGACGAAAGACAAUUGAAUCGAAUUAGAGUCAUUCCGACUAUACAACAAAACCAGAUAUUCAAAGAUCUUAGCCCACGCGAGGAAGUUCACAAGGUGUUACGUCAUUUCAAACUUGUGUUUGAUGAGCUCGAUUGUGACAAUGCAAUACGAAGAGGUGAAUCCAAGACUGCCAAAAGUAGGAUACAUUACCAAACUCGUACUAUUCUCAGUAAAAUGGGGAUGCAAGUGAACUGUGAAAAGAUGAUUGGACCAAUCCCUGGAGUCGAGGUUGGAGACAAAUUUCAAUUCAAAGCAGAACUCAAUGUAAUCGGUCUUCACUUCGACAUAAUGGGUGGGAUUGAUUACAUGAAGAAAGGAACCAUGGAACUAGCUACUAGCAUUAAUUCAUCUGAAGGUAAUGAUUAUGACGAUAGAUUCGUUAACGGUGUGAUGAUCUACUGUGGUCAAGGAGGUAAUGUGAAGAGUAGGGAUCAAAAAACAAUCAAAGAUCAGAAGCUUGUUGGAGGAAAUUUGGCUUUAGCUAAUAACAUUAAGGAAAAGACUCCGGUGCGAGUGAUCCUAGGCAAAAAGAGAUUGGAUCAUAGAGGAAAGGAUUAUGUAUAUGAUGGGUUAUAUAUGGUUGACAAGUACUGGGAAGAGAAAAGGCCUCAAGGUAACACUAUUUUCAAGUUUAAGCUUAGCAGAAUUGUUGGUCAACCUUCAAUAGAUUUUUGA